AUGGUGAACACCAUGAAAAGCCCUGUUUACAGACAGUUUGUUUCUUUCGUGAUGUUUACCUCUAGCUCCCAAUUGGGCAUUGCGACAACGCCCCGGAAAGAAAUCACGUACUUCAGCACAGAAUAUGCUGCAAAAUGGGACAGAAAGGCGAAGGAAGAAACACAACAGAGAAGAUUAUCAUGCGUGUUUGAGGACAGGGACGUGAAUGGUCUUGCAUGCUCAUCACUCGAAUUCCCCGUUUCUCCUAACAGUCGCAACAUGCAUCAACUGCCCAGUUGGACCUCCACCGCGCAUGAAUCGAUUGAAUGCAUUGAUUCAGAUAAAGAUAAGGCGAGAUCGACUCGGCAUACUGCUUUUGUGGACCCGUGUAACCUGGCUGACGUCCAGACGAGGCAGUCGACCGAGGUCAAGGCAGCCGUAUUUGACGAGGAGUGA